AUGUAUGUGGGAUACCUACUGGAUAAAGAAAGCGGCAUGUAUCACCAAGGACCAGUGAGAAGAUCUAGCAUCAAUUUGCCUCCACAGAACUUUGUUUCGACACAGCAGUACCCCGACUUUACUGGAUACCAUCAUGUGCCAAACAUGGAUACGCACACACAGUCCGCGGGCAGUUGGGGAACUUCAUAUGUUGGCCCAAGGGAGGACUGGGGUACAUAUAGUCUGGGGCCCCCUAAUGCUAUCCCUGCACCCAUGAACAACUCAUCUCCUGGACAGGUUUCUUAUUGUUCAUCUGAGUACAGUCAUAUGCAUCCUCCCGGACCUGCGGUGUUACAGCCGCCACCGGACAACGUUUCUGUCGCACAACUUUCUCCAGACAGAGAACGACGCAAUUCCUACCAGUGGAUGAGUAAAACUGCUCAGUCUUCUUCCACAGGUAAAACGAGAACAAAGGAGAAAUACAGGGUAGUGUACACAGACCAUCAGAGGCUGGAGCUGGAGAAGGAGUUUCAUUUCAACAGAUACAUCACCAUCAGGAGGAAAUCUGAACUGGCUGUCAACCUCGGCCUGUCGGAAAGACAGGUGAAAAUAUGGUUUCAAAACCGCAGAGCCAAAGAGAGGAAGUUGAUCAAGAAGAAGAUGGGUCAGUCUGACGGCAGCAGCGGGUCUGUGCACAGUGACCCGGGUUCUGUGAGCCCUCUGCCGGUACCGGGCUCUCUCAGUCCCUCGGACAUCCACGGAUCACUGUACCCUCCUCAGGGAAUGAACACGUUGCCCUCUAUCAGGAACAUACAGCAAGUGACUGUGACUCAGUAA